CCUCCACAGCAAGUCCCCAGCAGCCCCAGAACCCUCUACCCUCUACCCAGAGUAAGGGCUCCAUCUCACUGUUCCUCCGCAAGGUCUACCACCUGGUGAGCAUGCGUCUGAGGGACAUCUGUGUUAAACUGGACAUCUGUGAGGCGCUGCGGCUGAAGAUCUGGACCUGCGUUGAACACUCUUUGGUCCACUGCACUGACCUCAUUCUAGACCGACACCUGGACCAAAUACUCAUGUGUGCCAUCUAUGUCAUGGCCAAGGUAACCAAAGUGGACAUGCCCUUCAAGCUCAUCAUGCAGUGCUACAAGACUCAGCCUCAAGCAAGCAACUGUGUAUUCAGAAGUGUUCUGAUCUCAGGGAGAAACACCAAGACCUCACAAAACUCCUGGAGGAUCCAACAGAGAAAACAAAGAUGUAGACCCCAGCAGUAGCUUGCUUACCUACCAGAGCCCUCCCACCCAUCCUACAGGACCCAGAGCUCCCUGUAGACCGGACCAGGAGGAGAGAGGACACCUCAUCUAUUUCUACAACACCGUCUAUGUCAAACAGAUGAAGGACUUUGCCCUGCGCUACACCUCCAGCUCUCUGACCAUAGCCGGGGUGAGGGGACAUUUUCAUAUACUUCCUAAUGGAGUCAGUAGUCAUCAUACACGAUACGUAGGAAACACUUUACCAGGGGUCUCAGAUAUGUCCAAACUGGUGUAUAACAUCAUGGGUACUUACAGGUCAUCUGAUCCUGUAAUAUAAGUAAGAGAAGUCCUAGAACAGAUGCAGUGCAUUGUUCCUAGGCCCAGCGCUAUCAUCACUGUCCAACAGAGAUUCUGACCACAUUCAGAUUAUUUUUCCAUGCACAGGUUGAAACCCCUCCUCUUUCGCCGUACCCCUGCCAGCGUAUUGGAUCCUUGCGCAGACUCCGCCCCUCCAAUCACCAUUCCCUCUACAUCUCCCCCCACAAGCCCAGCACACACCCCUCCCCCCGCACUGGGGUCCUCUACAUCUUCAGCAGAAGCCCCUCAAAGAGUCUGAGAGAGAUCAGCGACAUGAUGAAGACAUUUCAGUCACGCACCAGGAAGUGCUGUGCAGCCCAGCUUCAGGAGGACGGUGAGGAGGAGGGUGGGCCGCUUGCGAAGAGAUCCUGUCAGGAUAGACCGUCAAACUUGCAGAGAAAGCUCAGGGACUUCGACCAGGCACUGAUGAGGGCUCAGAACCAGCAACAAGCUCAGACCGGGGCCAAGGCACAGCACCAAGCAACAGCACACAAUGGGACGCAUUGAUGACAUCUCACUUUUUGUGACUUACCGCCAUGCUUCAUACUUCUUGCAGGUCUACACUCAUUGGAAGAAUAUGGACAACAGGCACUGAUGAUGGGAGAAUGGAUGCUGUGGAUCUACAAUGUUAGAAAGAAUUGGCAUCAUUAGCACUCAGCGAAGUUCACUUAGCAAGCAAUGUUCAUGAUUAGAAAAGCUGAUUUGUAAUAAUAAUAAUGAGGGUAAUGAAAUAAUCUGAGGGUAACUAGGGCUCUGUAUCAAAUAUCAUAUCAUAUACAGCAUAUAUUCAUCCAAAGGAAGCAGUAAAGGAUUUGUGUUGGUACUGAGCACUGUCUACAGUUUGUGUUUGGUGAGAGGGAGGAGACAAUGUUCUCUGGAACAUACAGUAUGUUAUUAGUUUCAAUUUUCAAGUUUAAUUUGUCACCUCACAAGUACAGUGAAAUGCUUAAAUUGCAAGCCCUACCCAACAGUGCAGUAUUCAAAAUAAAAAAAGCAUAACUAAUUUAAAACAAAUUAAACACAGAUAUGACAUAUAGGUGAGCCUUUUAAAAUGAUUAUACAUGUAUCUGUUAGGACCAGAUGUUAGAUAAUAUUCUGUUUAAUUGGCAGGUUUUUAUCUCUACCAGCGUUGAAUUUGUACUGAUCUGUGGUACAAAUAAUUUACUUCUUUGUAUUGUGAUGUUGGAUAAACACAACUCUGUUUUUACAUUUGUCUUGUUGCUUUUUGUGCUAUGUUGCUCUGUCUAUAGGCUUUGUCUUGCUUGUCCUAUGUUGCUCUGUCUGUAGGCUUUGUCUUGCUUGUCCUAUGUUGCUCUGUCUGUAGGCUUUGUCUUGCUUGUCCUAUGUUGCUCUGUCUGUAGGCUUUGUCUUGCUUGUCCUAUGUUGCUCUGUCUGUAGGCUUUGUCUUGCUUGUCCUAUGUUGCUCUGUGUGUAGGCUUUGUCUUGCUUGUCCUAUGUUGCUCUGUGUGUAGGCUUUGUCUUGCUUGUCCUAUGUUGCUCUGCGUGUAGGCUUUGUCUUGCUUGUCCUAUGUUGCUCUGUGUGUAGGCUUUGUCUUGCUUGUCCUAUGUUGCUCUGUGUGUAGGCUUUGUCUUGCUUGUCCUAUGUUGCUCUGCGUGUAGGCUUUGUCUUGCUUGUCCUAUGUUGCUCUGUGUGUAGGCUUUGUCUUGCUUGUCCUAUGUUGCUCUGCGUGUAGGCUUUGUCUUGCUUGUCCUAUGUUGCUCUGCGUGUAGGCUUUGUCUUGCUUGUCCUAUGUUGCUCUGUGUGUAGGCUUUGUCUUGCUUGUCCUAUGUUGCUCUGUGUGUAGGCUUUGUCUUGCUUGUCCUAUGUUGCUCUGUGUGUAGGCUUUGUCUUGCUUGUCCUAUGUUGCUCUGCGUGUAGGCUUUGUCUUGCUUGUCCUAUGUUGCUCUGUCUGUAUGCUAUGUCUUGCUUGUCCUAUGUUGCUCUGUCUGUAGGCUUUGUCUUGCUUGUCCUAUGUUGCUCUGCGUGUAGGCUUUGUCUUGCUUGUCCUAUGUUGCUCUGUCUGUAUGCUAUGUCUUGCUUGUCCUAUGUUGCUCUGCGUGUAGGCUUUGUCUUGCUUGUCCUAUGUUGCUCUGUCUGUAUGCUAUGUCUUGCUUGUCCUAUGUUGCUCUGUCUGUAGGCUUUGUCUUGCUUGUCCUAUGUUGCUCUGUCUGUAUGCUAUGUCUUGCUUGUCCUAUGUUGCUCUGUCUGUAUGCUAUGUUUUGCUUGUCCUAUGUUGCUCUGCGUGUGCUCACUGCUCAUUGAUUGUCUGUAUUGCAAUUGUUUUUAAUAACCUGCCCAGGGACUGCGGUUGAAAAUUAGCCAGCUGACUAAAACGGCAGGGUAGCCUAGUGGUUAGAGCUAGUUGGACUAGUAAAGUAAAGGUAAAAAAAAAAAAAAAACACUUUUACUGAAACGUAGAUGAAUGUGUACUGCCCCUGUAAAAAAUAAAAUAAGCUCAAACAUC